CGUCGUCGUCGUUCGAGCCCAAGAAUCGGUACUGGUUGCCUGAUUCUUGUACAUUCCUUGUGUGCCUCCAUUCACGAAUACUGCUGUGACGACUUCUACGACCUUGUAUUCUGAAACCCGCCCCGAAGCACCUAUCGUAUCUUUUAUCCUUCUCGUAGAUCAACAUGCGCUCUUCUGCUGUUAUUGUCCUUGCCUUGUCCGCGGCAGCCAUGCCCGCGAUAGCCGCCCCUUUCAACUCUCAGAAUUACCCUCGUGAAUCGACGAGCUACGCUGACCUCAUCGCGCGCGAAGCUAUGCUCGAAGGUAUUGCCGCCCGCGCUGUGGACCAAGGUAGCGAAGCGUUUGGCUGGUUCAGCAUUGCAGAGGAUGGCCUCAAGGUGCUGGAUCAUGUCCACUCACACGAGGAGAACAAGAAGAAGAAGAAACAAAAACAGCAGAAGAAGAAGGGCAAGCACCACCGCCGCUAUGACCCAGGCGAACAUGACGAACAUGGCAAGCGCGAGAUUGCCGACAUCUUCUCUCGUGAUGUCUUCGAAGAACUCGCUGCUCGUACAGUGCCCCAGGGCAGUGAAGCGCUCGGUUGGUUCAGCAUUGCAAAGGACGGUAUCGAAGCGCUCAGUCACAUCCACUCCCACGAGGAGAACAAGAAGAAGAAGAAGGAGCAGAAGAAGGGUAAGGGUAAGCACCGCAGGCGUAUUGCGGAUGAUGACUUCGAUCUUGAUGAGCAUGACAAGCGCGAACUCUAUGAUAUUCUUUCCCGUGCAGCCUGACGCAGCAUAUGUAUAGCGCAUGACUUCUGGUUGUGAGUGAUGUGCGUGCGUCCGCCGUGUUGCGAAUAUUAUAGGUAGAAUAGUCAUUCCAUACUGUAUGAGUUCACAUACGCGUUGUAGUAAUCCAUGAGACUUGGGGGAGCUAAA